AUGGUGCCUCUCCAUUGGUGUCUGCUGUGGUUGCUACUACCACUCAGCUCAAGGACUCAGAAGUUACCCACUCGAGAUGAGGAACUUUUUCAGAUGCAGAUCCGGGACAAAGCAUUUUUUCAUGAUUCAUCAGUAAUUCCAGAUGGAGCUGAAAUUAGCAGUUAUCUCUUUAGAGACACACCUAAAAGGUAUUUCUUUGUGGUUGAAGAAGACAAUACUCCACUAUCAGUCACAGUGACUCCCUGCGAUGCACCUUUAGAGUGGAAGCUGAGUCUCCAAGAGCUGCCAGAAGAGGCAAGCGGGGAAGGCUCAGGUGACCCAGAGCCUCUGGAGGAACAGAGGCAGCAGAUCAUUAAUGAGGAAGGCACAGAAUUAUUCUCCUACAAAGGCAAUGAUGUGGAGUAUUUUAUAUCUUCUAGUUCUCCGUCUGGUUUGUAUCAGUUGGAGCUUCUUUCAACAGAGAAAGACACACAUUUCAAAGUCUAUGCCACCACAACCCCAGAGUCUGAUCAGCCCUACCCCGAAUUACCUUACGACCCAAGAGUAGAUGUCACGUCCCUGGGACGCACCACAGUCACCUUGGCCUGGAAACCGAGCCCUACAGCGUCUCAGCUGAAACAACCCAUUCAGUACUGUGUGGUCAUCAACAAAGAGCACAAUUUCAAAAGUCUCUGUGCUGUUGAAGCAAAACUGAGUGCAGAUGAUGCUUUUAUGAUGGCUCCAAAACCCGGGCUGGACUUCAGCCCCUUUGACUUUGCCCACUUUGGAUUUCCUUCAGAUAAUUUGGGUAAAGAACGCAGCUUCCUAACCAAGCCUUCCCCCAAACUGGGGCGGCAUGUCUACUCGAGGCCCAAGGUUGACAUUCAGAAAAUCUGCAUAGGAAAUAAGAACAUCUUCACCAUCUCAGACCUGAAACCCGACACGCAGUAUUACUUUGACGUCUUCGUGGCCAACAGCAACAGCAACAUGAGUACGGCUUACGUGGGCACCUUCGCCAGGACCAAGGAAGAGGCAAAACAGAAGACGGUCGAGCUCAAAGAUGGAAAAGUGACAGACGUAUUUGUCAAACGGAAGGGAGCCAAGUUUUUGCGGUUUGCCCCAGUCUCUUCACACCAAAAAGUCACUUUCUUCAUUCACUCUUGUCUGGACGCUAUCCAGAUCCAAGUGAGAAGGGAUGGGAAGCUUCUUCUGUCGCAGAAUGUGGAAGGCAUUCGGCAGUUUCAGCUCAGAGGAAAACCUAAAGCCAAGUAUCUCAUUCGCCUGAAAGGACACAAGAAAGGAGCAUCUAUGUUGAAAAUACUAGCGACUACAAGGCCGAGUAAGCAGCCAUUUCCCUCUCUUCCAGAAGACACAAGAAUCAAAGCCUUCGACAAGCUCCGCACCUGUUCUUCGGCCACGGUGGCUUGGCUGGGCACUCAGGAGAGGAACAAGUUCUGCAUCUACAAAAAGGAAGUGGAUGAUAACUACAAUGAAGACCAGAAGAAAAGAGAGCAAAACCAAUGCCUUGGACCAGAUACAAGGAAGAAAUCGGAAAAGGUCCUCUGUAAAUAUUUCCACAGUCAAAACCUACAGAAAGCAGUGACCACAGAAACAAUUAAAGGACUUCUGCCUGGAAAAUCUUACCUGCUGGAUGUUUAUGUCAUAGGACAUGGGGGGCACUCGGUGAAGUAUCAGAGUAAAGUCGUGAAAACCAGGAAGUUCUGUUAGUUACCUCACAGAGAGAGAUACUAUUACAUAGAACUGCAGGAGAGACACGAAAUCACUUUCAGUAUAAACUGACUACUCCCACAGCUGAGAGAAGUUGUGACUGGUGCUGGUACUGGGGAAGGAAGGAUAUCAACUUGUGUACAUGGAUGUUUAUAUGAGUAACUGUUGAGGAGCCUUGUUCUAGUGUGCCCCGAUGGCACCUAGUGUGUGUCUGCUGCCCGUGGAUGUCAAAGAUAGAGGACAUCUUGAAGGAACUGCCAUCUCUUGCUUUGACCACUGCAUGAACUGCUUCUAAAUUAUUUUAUUACCUAAAAAUCUAAGAUAAUGCCAUUCAUUGCACACAUCCACAAAAUGCAAAUCAUUCCUCUCUAUAGAUGCUAGGAUAUAUAUAAAUUAUUUUAUAAAGUCAUUUUAAAUGUCAGUGUUUCUAUGAUUGUAAACUAUUAAAUUCUUUUCCUGUUAAAGUACAGAUCUAAUCUAAGUAUAUUAAGUGGACAGCCCUCUAGUCAGUUAUAUUGCUAUUGUAAAUUCUUAUCUGUUGAGUAAAAUGUUUAAAUACUAUAUGUAUCUCAUGUACAAAGUUGACAUACAUUAUAUUCAUGUACAUAAAAUUAAAGAUAUUAGAUUAUAUACUGUUCAUUUUCCCAAGCAGCUACCACGGUGUAUUCAAUUUCUAUUCUGCUCACAAAACUGCGUCUUUAUAGAAUUUGGCACCAGAAUUGACCCUUUUUUAACAGUUAAGAAAGCAUGUUGCAUCUCUCUAAAGUUUCUGUGGCAUUAGAGAGAGUUGCUACAAUUUGUAUUUUGACACUGAAUUGGAGCCAGAGCCAGGUAUCAGCAGGGUUGAGGGAGCUCUAAUAGAUUUGUUUUAAAAGAAUAGGAUAAGCCAAACACUGUAGCUUGGUAAGUGUUCAACACAUCGUUCUUAAUGACCUAAAAUGUAUUUCAUUUAUUUUAAAAAUAAGCAUCUGUUUUAAAUACAAAAUUGGGACAUUGCAAGUAUUUUCCAUCUUCUUGAAUAUUAGCAAAAUAAUUAUUUUAAUUUCGACCCGAAGCAAUCUAGCAACCACCAGUUAGGACUCGAGCUAGAAAUGAGGAAACGACAGAAGCUACUGUUUUGUAACAUUAACAGUCUGAUACUUUGAUUUGUCACGAAUUUUUACAAAGUAAUUUAGGUGUAAGAUAAAAUAUAGGCAAAUAAUAACAGAAACCGUUUAGCAAAGACUGCACAAAGAGCCGCUUUAGAUGGUUUCAUUCUCCACAGUUCUAUACAUGAGAUGUCAUGAGAACAUUAGCUCAGGAUUCAGAGAGUGUAAAGUCUGUCAUCACCAAAGCCACAUAACCUUAAGAAAAUCUAGUAACUCCCGUUGCCCCCCUUUUCCAUUUAUAAAGUAGGUGGUGACAGAUUCAGAUAAGGAGACAUUAUAAGAUACCUUCUUUAUAAGACAUUGUCUUUUGUAGAAUUCUGUGAGUCUUAAAUUACAAGGUGCUCCUGUAAAUACAAGUGGGGACAGGUAUAAUCUCUUAACUUCUACACUGUCCCCUACAUGCAGGCACCACCUUUCAUACAGCGGGCAUGCAUCCGUAGCAUUCCUAUGGAGCACAGAAUUGCUUUGGCUAAGAUAAGUGGUGGCCAAUAGGAAAGGUGCUCUGAUCACCUUAGGAUAAAAUAUUUCCACUAAAAAUCUAUCCUCCCACUCCUCUAGGUUAUGAUAUUAAAAGGAAAUUGAUCACAUCUAGAUAAAACAGUAAUGACACCUGAAAGAAUUUUUAAAAAGAAAAAAAGAACACAUACCGAAACCAGGUAGCCUAUCAGACUGGAAGGAGAACUUUAAAAUUGACAAUAUCCCAGAGAUGUUAACAUCCUAAGCUAUAAACGUGGUGCAUUUGGAGGGAGAACCAACUUUCUCAUAUUACUCACUAAUAUGUUAUUACAGACCAAAGUGCUAAAUGGAGCCACAGUGGAUCAAAGAGUUAUUGCAGCUUCUGAAGGCAAUGGACUUAACUCUCAGAUAUUGCUUAAUGCCUGGGAACCCCUGGGAACAGGGCCAACUCAAUUUAACCAAGUUUUUGCUUUUCAGCCAGCUGUGAUGCUGGUUACUACAUAGUUUGGAUAAAUUUGAGAAUUCUUUCAUGGCCCCAGUGAAAUUUGCCUUUUAGAACUUGUAGGGAAAUUAAAUACACAUUGUGAAACUUUUAUCAGUCACAAAGAAAGGGUAAAACCUAUUAAAAAUAAAGAUCUCAUUUACGAAUGUGUUAGAAUUUUAGCAGCACUCAGGUGAGCUGGAGACAAGAAAAAAAAUUGUUCUUAAUUAACAAAGAACUAGAAAGUAGCUAAUACAAAAGCACCACCUUAUCUUCUUUAAACUCCAGGAUAGCUGUUUUGAGAACAGGGCUUUCAGAAUCCCAAGGAUAGCCAUAGUAUCAAUGAGGAGGGAAGAAUCUUUGAGGACACUUAGUUCAAGGUCACUCUCUUUAUUUUUCAGGUGCAGAAGAAAUUAAAGACCAGAGAAAUAAAAAUAAAAUUCCCAUGGUCGAAACAGAGAGUGGAAUUGCCCAGAUUCCAAAAUAUUUACCGGAAUGUAAAUCACUAAUUCUUGAGGGGGCAAUGUGACUUGUGGAUCAUUUUCCAAAAGUAAAUAAUUUUUUUGUCUUAUUUAUUACUUCAAAGGAACUUAUUCUUAAAGGCCAUUUCAGAUUUUCUUAAGAAUGUGUGUAACCUAUGACUGACUUCAAACUUGUAAGAAAAAAAAUUAGUUAUUUUCAGAGACAUGAAGUAUUUUAGGUUUUCAUGCACAUACAAACUUGAGGCUAUAAGAUCAUUAAUCAACUAUUGUAAUGAUAAGCCCUGUAUUUUUUGAAUCGAAAACUAUUCAGAAUCUAUAAAAAAAUUAUAGCAGAUGAUUUUCUUGGUUAAAUUAUUUUGUAAUCAAUGUCUAGCUUAAAUUUUUAAGUGUGAAGCUUAAAAGGUAUGUGCUGGAAAGGAUAUAUUCAUUCCUUAUUUUCAUUACUCAGAGUACAUUUGAAAAGAUCAUGAUUUUGGUGUCUUGAAAAGCCAAAUGAAAUGAAUUCAAUUAAAAAAAAUCACUUAGGUGAACUCUCCAGUUUGAAAUCAGUUUAAUGAUUCUUAAUAGAUUAGAGGUCUAGAUGUAUUCAAUGAAAACAUACACACACACACACACACACACACACACCCUCAGUUUUAUAUACAACUCAGUAGAUUUGAUGGACCCCAAACCAAUCAGGAUCUCCUCCAAUACUUUACCAACCCCUUUUAGAGAUCAUCUAUUUCUACUAACUCAUUUUAUAGAUGAGGAAAUUGAAGCCCAACUAAGAUGAGAACCCAGAUUCCUGCCCUCCCAGUAAAUGUUCACUCUAGGAUUUCAUUGUAAGCAUUUCUUUACUCCAGAAAGCAUGCAGCGGCUCAUCCAGAGUAUAUUUCUUUGUCUCUCUUCCUUGGCUGGUUUCAAAGCAAAACAAAACAAGAACUAGCAUCUAACUUGAAAAACAAGGUCAUUUGGAGCAUCUCCAACCACUUCCUUCCCCACUUUGAUAUGGUGUGAUGGAGACAAAAUCGUCUGGGAACAUGACUUUGGGUUGUCACCAGCACCAAGAGAAGUGACCACUGCCAGACUUCAGCUGUCCUCUGCUCUUGGUUGUCCACAGGACCUGGGAGGCAUCAGGGCACACUCAUUGUUGUGUUUUCCCCCAGAGAAUUUUGGCCAGAUAAAUAUGCAGUGGUUUGGGAUUUGAGCCUUGUCUGUUGCUUGAAAGGUGGAAAGUGAGAGAGAGGAGGGCAGGGAGAUAAAAUGGAGUGUGGAGAAAAGUAUAGUUUUAGCUAAUUUCUUUCUUAAGAGGCCUGAGAGAAUAAGGGCAGUGAGAUAUCUACUAUAGCUUAACCUUAUUAAAGUUUUGGAUUCUGUUUGAUGUGAAAUAUUGUAUUGGAAAAUUUGAUCUAGAUCACCAUCCACUCUAUUAACAUUUUAUCCACUGAUUGAUAUUCUCACUUCCUAGGAAUGGUCGAUCAUGUUAUUUGGAUAAGAUUUUCGCUUCUGUUUAUUCACAUUCCUCCUUCUCAGCCUUUGAGAAAUUUAGUAAUCAGAGUUCAGAGAUAACGUUGCUUAGAGUGGCUUUUCAUAUCUACCCUCACACCUCUUUUGAAGAUACUUUUUAAAAGUUUAUUUGUUUAUUUUUAAGAGAGAGAGGAGCAGAGAGAGGAAGAGCAAGCAGGGUAGGGGCAGAGAGAGGGAGAAAGAAUCCCAAGCAGGCUCCAUGCCGUCAGUGCAGAGUCUGAGUUGGAGCUCAAACCCAUGAACCGUGAGAUCAUGACCUGAGCCGAAACCAAGAGUCGGACGCUUAAUGGACUGAGCCACCCAAGUGCCCCUCAAAGAUUUUUUAAAAUAUUUUUUCAAAGUGUAAAAUAAAUUGAAGUCUAUUGAUUGCCAUCACAGAAAAAUAAUUGGCUCUGAGAUUGAGGGGUGCAUGGCCUUAGGCAUAGUUACAUUGGCAUUUUGUCAUUAUUCAGAUACUAAUAAAGAUAUGGUGACAUCAGGUACCCCACAAGUGUUAGAGGGGGAGGAAAGUAGUACAAGGAGGGACACUGAGUCCUAGUAAAAGACUCAUUAAGAAACAGAAAUAAGGAGGAAUGUAAUUCACCAUCCCAUUAUGCUACAGAGAACUUUCAGCAAAGCGUCAGGUUUUCCUGAAACUUGUCAGAAAGGUAGAUUUAAAGACUUUGAGCCAAGGACACAUCAAGCACCCUCCCAGGAUGUGGAUGUGUCCUAAGACUUCAGAAUUUGAAACAAUAUUUGAGUUGAGACAAAGGUGUAAUAAAGAGAAGUCAGAGCAGACCAAUUUUCAUUGUGGGUGAUGAGAUCCAGACAGAACAGUCUGGGAAAAAAGAGCCAUCCUACAGCAAGAGAUGUGAUGAGUGUGUUACUUUGUUUUGAAUCCGAUACUAUCAUCAGAAACUGAGUUUUAAGCAGCAAUUUCACAAUGUUUUGGGUCUCUCUCUUAUUGUAUAAAUACUUGGCAAUAUUAAUGUUACCAUAAUUUGGAAAUAAGCAAAUGUAUUUCUUGUCUGUAGUUUGCUCUUGGUAUAAUCCUUCUAACUUGUGUAAGUAAGGCAGCACAGAAUAAUAUAAGCAGUUGUUUUAUGAUAUGUUUGACAAAACCCCAAAUGUCCAUCCUAAAUCAUAACCCUGAAAGGGUUUUCCUUCUGAGAAAAAUUGUUUAUGAUAAAUAGAAUAAAGUACAUUAAUACACAGCAGCAUUAGAGGUUAGGCUGUUCAGUCUCAUCUCUUCCUAUAAAAUGAACGGAGAGGUAUUAAGUAAGAUUAAUGUGAUAGCUGCUUUUCCCAUUCAGGCUGGAAAAUUUUCCACACCACCAGAACAACAGCAGUUUUUAGAAGCAGCUUUACCCUCAAGAGCCACAGAAAUAUUGCAUAGGCUUCGGUGUUUGUCUGACCCAUUUCAUGCUCAUCUGCAGAUCCGUAUGGCAAAGUAACUAGAUUUUGGCUUAACCAUGUAAUAGUAACAACAACAGAUAGAGUUUGCUACAUGAGCAAUUUCUAAGAGCAGCUGGUGUCGUCACAAAUACGGCCCAUUUCCAAAGACCGAGUGUCCGUGUAUCACAGCAGCCACAACUAGCCUUAGACACAUUUACUGUGUCCUGCUCUUUCUGGAUGGAGUAAGAACUUUACCUGAGACAAGAGGCAAGGGAGACAAGUGAGAGGCACAAGUAUACAUAUAUUUGUUUAUAAAUAACCAAGUAAAAUUCAAUUAGUUUUAUUAUGGUAAAAUGCCAUCUUAAGAACAGCUUUUAAAGAAACAACAGACUCUGGCUGGCUAUUUUUAAAUGGCAGUGUUGAAUAUCUCCCUCCUGCUGAAUAAAGCUUGCCAUUCUUUCUCAAAGAGUCCAAGAUCUAAAUUACAGGUUGCUGAAUUUUUGCCUGUUUUCAUCAUGUACAUGAUAACGGCCUCCCCUGAGUUAUCCAUGGUGAUCUUCAGGUAUGGGAAUAGAUGACAAAGAUAUCGAAAGCAGGGUAAGAGCACAGCAUUUACAUUUAAAUUGCUUGUGUUUUGUGCAAGUUCCGUGGACUGAUGGCAGAACACUGUGCUUCAAAUACAGCUGUGUGCUGAGCAAACUUGACUGCUUCACAUUCUGAAAGCCAGCUCCUUUGCCAAUUGCACGGGCAAGCAUUCCGGGAGGCCUGAGUUGAAAUGUGCAGAUAAAUACUCAGUUCUGGAGUUUUUGGAGCCAAAGCAUACAGAAUACUUAUGCUCUGCUAUGGAAAUCUUGGAAGAACAGAACUUCUGUUUUUAAUGUUUCUGAGGAUUUAAGACAGUUCUUAGACUACUUAUUACCUUUCAUAAAACUCACUCCCACUUUUAAAAUCUCUUGGUGACUUACCUAUAUUAAAAAGAGGAAAAGAAUACUUUUUGAUUCCACCAAGUUUUCUCUUCUCUGUUGAAGUUAAACAAAGCUCUAGGGGAAAGGACCGCAGUGGAAAGAGUGCAUUAGAAAUGGGACUUCGGGUGUGCAGAUUUUUUUUUUUUUUUUAACUUCUGUGGACUCGAACUUUCUCAUUUGUAAAAUGAGAAGUGAUGAUCUCUAAGAUUCCUUUUGGAAAAGCAGGGAAACUAACAACCUUUAAGCACAUGCCGAGUGCCAGGCAUAUGAAAUACAGUUAUGUAAUCCUAACAACUCUGAGAUGAAGACAGUAUUGUAGUCUCACUGAACAGACAAGUAACCCAAAGAACAAAGGAAUUACAUAAUGUGCUCAAGGUCACAAAGUGAAUACAAAGUGGAUACAUCUGGCUCCAAAUUCAUGCAUCUUUCUCCUUCCACUUGUGUGGUAGUGAGCUCUGCUGCUUAUUAGUGAACCAGAAUUUCAUCAGAAUAAAAUACAGUAAGAGUAGAUGGAUAAAAAUGGGGAAAAGUUAAAAUACACUUAAAGCUUGGCCUGGACAUUUGUAAACAAAUUAUCUUUGACACAGAUAAAUACGGAGAGCUAGAGACAGACGAGAAAUAAUUCACAAAGUAAUGCUAAAUUCCUCUUACUGGGCGGAAUGUUUCCAUUUUAAUGGUGUCCUAUACUACACCACAACAACCUUGCUUGGCGGUUUCCUUAUACAUAUAUUUUAUUAUAUAGAAUUUGCUGUAAUGCUCACAUAUGAUAUAAUAUGUGUCUGUAAUAUGAUGCCAAUAAACCUUUAUUUAAUGCCUUUGUGUUUUAGCAUAUAAAGAGUUGUCUGUGGUUGUUUUUAGUUUUG